GGGAGGAGGGGGACUUGGGAUGGACUGCCCCAGGAUUGGUGGAUGGCUGCUCUCCCCGCGGCUCCGUGCCAGGCCCUGAUGGCUUUAAAUAGGGUGAUGUGAUGACCGGACAGCCCCGAGUGUUGCAUCCACUCUGCCUCCUUCCGUCUCCACUCCUCUCUCAGCCUCCAGCAUCUCUCCUCCUCCACCUCCUCCUGCCCGGGCUCUGGACACAAUGGCCAUCCUCAUCCUCACUCUGUGGCUCCUGGCCGGGAGCCUUUGCGCGGAGGCGACCUACUACCGCCACCACCGCUACGUCCCCCACUACCGCUACCGGGAGUCCGCGGCCAGCAACACCGACAACCUCCUGCCGGACGUGUCCAACCGCGCGCCCGAAGUCGCGCGGCCCGCCGUUCCCGAGGUCUUCCACCCGGCCCCCGCCGUCGUCCACCAGAUCCCCGAGGCGUUCCACCCGGUGCCCGAGGUGGUGCACCCCGCCCCGGAGACCCUCCACACGUUCCAGGCGCAGCACCCCGCCGCCGCCGCGCACGAGCCCUUCACCACGCCGCGGGUGUUCUACGGGGUGAUGUUUGACGCCGGCAGCACCGGGACCAGGAUCCACAUCUACAAGUUCAUUCAGAAGGAUCCAGUUGAACUGCCAGUUCUGGACAAUGAAAUGUUCCACGCUGUGAAACCUGGACUGUCUGAAUAUAAGGACAACCCUGAAGAGGGUGGGAACACCAUCCGUCAGCUGCUGAAGAUUGCCAAGAAGACGGUGCCAGAGGAGGAGUGGAAAAGGACACCAGUGGUCCUGAAAGCCACGGCGGGCCUGCGGCUGCUGCCCGUAGAAAAGGCCAAUGCCCUGCUGGAUGAGGUACGAGAGGUGUUUGAAGAAUCUCCUUUCUAUGUGCCAGAAAAAUGUGUUUCUAUCAUGAAUGGAGCAAAGGAAGGAGUCCUUGCCUGGGUCACGGUGAACUUCCUUACUGGCCAUCUGUACUCCAACACAAAAAGAACUGUCGGAAUUCUGGAUUUGGGCGGAGGAUCCACACAGAUCACAUUCCUUCCAAAAUCAAAGAAAACCAUCGAAACAGCUCCACCCUCUUACACCGCCAGCUUCAACCUGUUCAACAACACAUACGAGCUCUACACACACAGCUACCUUGGAAAUGGCAUAGUCGCGGCCCGCCUAGCAACUCUUGGAGCUCUGGGAGCUGAUGGCCUGGAUUGGAAAAUCUUCACAAGCUCCUGCCUCCCGAAAAAAUUCAGAGAAGAAGUGACUUUUGCAGGAAGCACCUACAAAGUUAGCGGGAUUCCAGGCGGCUACGCAGGCUACAAAUUGUGCUACUACGAGGUCCAAAGGGUCAUCAAAGGUUUAUUCCACCAGCCGUAUGAAGUGAAGGGCAGCAGCGUCUUCUACGCUUUCUCACACUAUUACGACAGAGCUGUGGAAACGGGCCUCGUCAGCAACCGAGGUGGUGCGGUCGAAGUCAGAGACUUUAAGAAGAAAGCCAAAGAAGUAUGCAACAAAAUGACCAAAUAUGGCGCAAUCAGCCCCUUCCUCUGCAUGGAUAUGACAUAUAUCACCUGCCUGCUAAAGGAGGGCUUCGGCUUCAAGGAGAGCACCGUGCUGCAGCUGGCCAAGAAAGUGAACAACGUGGAGACGAGCUGGGCCCUCGGCGCCACCUUCGACUUCUUCAGAAACUUCAACAUCCAAUAAGAACAGCUGGCAGUCGUUGCAGCUGGCACUGAGAGGGACAGUCUGUCACUGUGGGGCCUCCUUUCACCCUCAAAUCUAUCCACUCCCACCUGGUUUCCUCACCCACCACUCCCCUCAUCACCCUGCAAACACUUCAAGAACUGUUAUAAAAAAAAGAAACAAAGAAAUCACUAUAUUUUUAUAAGGCCAUUUUUUUCUACUGUAUUUUGAGUUCACAAUGGGUGGGCUGACUUAUAUUUUUUAUAAAACGUUUACAUGUUUUGAUUCCUUAUGGGUGGCAGAUCUGAAAAACCAUCCCUGGCCAGCCUGUAAAGUGUGUAGAGGGUAUUUUGAAGGCAGGGAGUCUUGGUGUUUUGGUGCUUACUGUGGUCCUGGUGUGCGCCGUGCGGCGUAGUGGAGUAAAUUUAGACACUAUUUGCUGGAGUUGCAACCACAAUUGUCUUUCUAGAUGCUUGUAAAGUCAUUUUCUCUUUUCUACGGCAGUAAUUCUUUUUUACAGCACCCUUGUUAAUUUGCUCUUAGCAUUAAACAAGUAAGACAUCAUUGGAAACAGAGCAGUUGACUAACAUGCAGCAUCUUUUUUUUUAAAUUCCCCCUCCCUCAACUUUGCACAAAACACUUUAACUGCAGAUAUUGUAGCUCGAGACAUGAACAGUCGCUUCGGUUUCUUCUACAGAGUUGUACAUAUUCUUCAUGAGUGUUGGGUUCACCAUGAUUCAGGAGGGGGCAAAUGAAGCCUCUCACAGAGGGUGUUGUUUUAAGAUGCAGUCAGUUUUUGUUAUUUUAGAUUGGAAACCUUAAAGCAGGGGCCUGAACUGUAUUUUAAAUUAGCAAUAAAGAAACCACUCGCUAAGGGCAGAUGUGCACCCAACAGCUUAAACUACAACCAACUGAUGGAAAACUAAACAAGUUCUGUUAAAAACAAAAAAAAGAAAAACCUUUCUGAAAAAUAUUCCUCCUUCACUUUGUUGUUCCAUCUUUCUUGUGAAUUGUACAAAUGUAAAAAAAUGGAAAGUUUACGUAAGAGUAUUUUUAUUAUUCUUAUCCAAUAAUCACUCUUGAACAUUUUGCCUACAGUAUGCUGUCUUCUCAAUAUUCAACAUAUUCACUUACUACUGCUGUAUAUACACAAUGUAAACUUAGUGAAAUUAUUUGGCAGGAACAGCUUCAUCAUAAAAAACUUGUGCCGCUGAGAAAUAUCUUUGACCAUUAGUGUCAAUAAUCUGAUAAACUGUUUUUAAUAAAUCUUGUCACAUGCAUUUACCGAACAUGUAUGUUUUAAUAAAAUGUGAAAAAUGUG